AUGAAAAAUGAAGGACGGGUGUGGGGACGACCUCCCCCCAAGCUGACCUGGUGGGCGGGGCACAAGGAAGUCCGAGGUCAAGUGUCUGACGGCGACGGCGAGGUCAGCAACACGCUGACGGUGCCCUCGCUACUCCGCCACCACCUCGACCAGUCGUUCAUCUGCCAGGCCACCAACUCGGAGAAGGCCGUGCCCGUCACCGCCGCCGUCACCAUUGACCUGACGUUACCGCCUAUGUCCAUCAACCUCAUGGGCGUCGAGAACCCCAUCUCCGCGGGCGUGGGCGUGACGGCCGUGUGCCUGGUGGUGGGAGCCCGCCCCCCGCCCACGGUGACCUGGUGGCUGGACGGGCGCCUCCUUCGGGCCACCGGAGAGCGUUCGCGGGACGAAGGCAACGUGACCGAGAGCCACGUGGUGGUGGUGGCGGCGCCCUCCGACCAAGGGCGCUACCUGGCGUGCCGCGCGGAGACGCCAGGGCUGCUUCACUCCGUGCUCGAGGACGGGACCAAACUCACUGUGCACUACGUCCCGAAAGUGAACAUCUCCCUGGGCCCUCGCCUCACCCUGGACUCCAUCAAGGAAGGCGGUGACGUGUACUUCAGCUGCUCCGUGUCCGCCGUGCCUCCUCCGGCCAACGUCGAGUGGUACCAUAACGAAGACCACCUGGCCCCGAACACGACAGCUGGUGUCAUUGUGAGCAACAUGAGCCUCGUCCUGCAACGCGUGGGGCGCUACUCCUCCGGCGCUUACACCUGCAGAGCAACCAACUCAGAGGGCAAAGGGGUGUCACGUCCCAUUGUGCUCGACGUGAAGUAUCGCCCCGUGUGCAAGCCAGGCCAAAGAUGGGUGUACGGCAUCGCACGCCAGGAGAUGGUACACGUGACCUGUGACGUGGACGCCCAUCCACGGCAGGUCAGCUUCACGUGGGUCUUCAAUAACUCUGUAGACACGACUGACAUUGCCAAGGCUCACAUUACUGACAACUAUACUCAGAGCACGCUGACCUACACGCCAAUCACCAAGAUGGACUAUGGUUUCUUACUCUGCUGGGCUACCAAUGACGUGGGGAAACAGAGAGACCCUUGCGUUUUCAAGAUCUUCCCUGCAGGUAAGUAAAAAAAUAAUAAUAAUAAUGAUAGCAACAAAAACUAAACGCACAAAUAAACAAAAGAAGGUGGAAGACCGAAGGAGGAGAGAGAGAACAAAAAAUAUACAGACGAAAACGAAAAAGGGAAACGACUAAUAAAAAGAAAAAAAUGAGAGAGAGUGAGAGUGAGAGAGAGAAAGAAAAAAGUAAAUAUAUUUUUUGGAAAUAUCGGGAACUUCCGCCCGGGUCCCCAAGCCAAAAAGAAAAAGAAAAAGAAAAUGGAAAAAAAGACAAAAAAAAAAAAAAAAAAGAGGCUGUGUUUGAUCAGUGAGCGAGAGCGACUUGGCCUUCCCAUGAAAGCUUAAAAGGCGAGAUGGAGGUGAGGGGAAUUUAAGCUGAUUUCCCUCGACGCUUGUAAAUAUCCUUGGGCAAAUGAAGAGCUUUUACAAAGUACUAAUUUGUGAGGUAUACGAAACUCCCUUGUUGACUCGCCUACGGGAGGGUUGCACUGCAGGACCAGCAUUUGAAUGAGCCUAACAACAACAGCACAACGUGACCACAGCAGACAGGUGCCUGGUCGACGCUGGCCGCUGUUUGAUUACAUAUGCACACGAGUACACAUGCACGCUCAAUUAAGUGCAGACAAAGGAAGCGUUCAUAUUCCUGUGCGUUUUGUUUACUCCGUACGUGUAUAUAUGUGAGAGUGGGAUU